AAAGUUGCCUGCUUCUGAUUUCAUUCCAUUGCUUCUCAGGCUCCAAGAGGAAUAAAAAAAUGAAGAUUUUCUUGCUCUGUAUUUUUCUAAUUUUAUGUAGUACCUCAGCCUGGGCGAAAGAUAAACAUUAUUACAUUGGAAUUAUUGAAACAACUUGGGACUAUGCCUCUGACCAUGGGGAAAAGAAACUUAUUUCAGUUGACACGGAACAUUCCAAUAUCUAUCUUCAAAAUGGCCCCAAUAGAAUUGGAAAAGUCUACAAGAAGGCCCUGUAUCUUCAGUACACAGAUGAAACCUUUAAGACGAUUAUAGAGAAACCUGUCUGGCUGGGGUUUUUAGGCCCUAUUAUCAAAGCUGAAACUGGAGAUACAGUUUAUGUACAUUUUAAAAACUUUGCCUCUAGGCCUUAUACUUUUCAUGCACAUGGAAUGACUUACUAUAAGGAGCAUGAGGGGGCCAUCUACCCUGAUAACACCACAGAUUUUCAAAAAGCAGACGACAAAGUGCGGCCAGGUGAACAGUGUAUGUACAUAUUGCAUGCCAACCCAGAACAAGGUCCUGGUAAGGAAGACAGCAAUUGUGUGACCAGGAUUUACCAUUCCCACAUUGAUGCUCCAAGAGAUAUCGCCACAGGACUCAUUGGACCCUUAAUACACUGUAAAAAAGAUUCUCUGGAUAAAGAAAAAGAAAAAAAUAUUGACAAAGAAUUUGUGGUGAUGUUUUCUGUUGUGGAUGAAAAUCUCAGCUGGUACCUAGAAGACAACAUUAAGACCUACUGCUCUGAACCAGAGAAGGUUGACAAAGACAAUGAAGACUUCCAGGAGAGUAACAGAAUGUAUUCUGUGAAUGGAUAUGCUUUUGGAAGUCUCCCAGGACUCUCCAUGUGUGCUGAGGACAGAGUAAAAUGGUAUCUUUUUGGUAUGGGUAAUGAAGUUGAUGUGCACGCAGCUUUCUUCCACGGGCAAGUGUUGACUAAUAAGAACUACCGUGUUGAUACAAUCAAUCUCUUUCCUGCUACCCUCUUUGAUGUUUUUAUGGUGGCCCAGAACCCUGGAGAAUGGAUGCUUAGCUGUCAGAAUCUAAACCAUCUGAAAGCUGGUUUGCAGGCCUUUUUCUGGGUACAAGACUGUCAGAAGCCUUCAUCUGAGAACGAUAUCCGUGGCAAACAUGUUAGACACUACUACAUCGCUGCUGAGGAAAUCAUCUGGAACUAUGCACCCUCCGGCAUAGACACCUUCACCAAAGAAAACUUAACAGCACCUGGAAGUGAUUCAGAGGUAUUUUUUGAACAUGGUUCUACGAGAAUUGGAGGCUCAUAUAAAAAGCUGGUUUAUCGUGAGUACACAGAUGGCUCCUUUACAAAUCGAAAGGAGAGAGGCCCUGAAGAGGAACAUCUUGGCAUCCUGGGUCCUGUCAUUUCGGCAGAGGUGGGAGACACCAUCAGAGUCACCUUCCAUAACAAAGGAACAUAUCCCCUCAGUAUUGAGCCAAUUGGGGUGAGAGUCGAUAAAAGCAACGAGGGCACGUACUACAACUCAAGCAGAAGUGCGCCUCCUCCUUCAGCCUCCCAUGUGGUACCCAAAGGAACAUUCACCUAUGAAUGGACUGUCCCCAAAGAAGUAGGACCCACUUACAAAGACCCUGUCUGUCUAGCUAAGAUGUAUUAUUCUGCUGUGGAUCCCACCAAAGAUAUAUUUACUGGGCUUAUCGGGCCAAUGAAAAUAUGCAGGAAAGGAAGUUUACUUGCAAAUGGGAGACUGAAGGAUGUAGACAAGGAGUUCUAUUUGUUUCCUACAGUGUUUGAUGAGAAUGAGAGUUUACUCCUGGAUGAUAAUAUUAGAAUGUUUACAACAGCACCUGAUCAGGUGGAUAAGGAAAAUGAAGACUUUCAGGAAUCUAAUAAGAUGCACUCCAUGAAUGGAUUCAUGUACGGGAAUCAGCCUGGUCUCAAUAUGUGCCAAGGAGAUUCGGUUGUGUGGUAUUUAUUCAGUGCCGGAAAUGAGGUUGAUGUACACGGGAUAUACUUUUCAGGAAACACUUAUCUGUCAAGAGGAGAAAGGAGAGACACAGCAAACCUCUUCCCUCAAACAAGUCUGAGGCUCUUCAUGCAGCCUGACACUGAAGGGACUUUUGAUGUUGAGUGCCUCACAACUGAUCACUACACAGGUGGCAUGAAACAAAAAUACACUGUGAACCAGUGUAGUCGGCCAUCUGAGAAUUCAUACCACUACCUGGGAGAAAGGACCUACUACAUCGCAGCGGUGGAGGUGGAAUGGGAUUAUUCCCCAAGUAGGAAAUGGGAAAAGGAGCUGCAUCAUUUACAAGAACUAAAUCUUUCAAAUGCAUUUUUAGAUAAGGAAGAAUUUUACAUAGGCUCAAAGUACAAGAAAGUUGUGUAUCGGCAAUUCACUGACAGCACAUUCCAAGUUCCUGGGGAGAGAAAACCUGAAGAAGAACACCUGGGAAUUCUAGGUCCACAACUUCAUGCGGGUGUUGGAGACAAAGUUAAUAUUAUCUUUAAAAACAUGGCCACAAGGUCCUACUCAAUACACGCCCAUGGGGUGAAAACGGAGAAUCCUACAGUGACUCCAACCGCACCAGGUGAAACUCGCACUUACGUAUGGAAAAUCCCAGAAAGAUCUGGAGCUGGAAUAGAUGAUUCUCCUUGUAUUCCAUGGGCUUACUAUUCAACUGUGGAUCGGGUUAAGGAUCUCUAUAGUGGAUUAAUUGGCCCACUGAUUGUUUGUCGGAAACAUUACUUGCAAGUAUUCAAUCCCAUAAAGAAACUGGAAUUUUCCCUUCUGUUUCUUGUUUUUGAUGAGAAUGAAUCUUGGUACUUAGAUGACAACAUCAAAACAUACUCUGAUCACCCUGAGAAAGUAGACAAAGCCAAUGAUGAAUUCAUAGAAAGCAAUAAAAUGCAUGCUAUUAAUGGAAGAAUGUUUGGGAACUUACAAGGCCUCACAAUGCAUGUGGGAGAUGAAGUCAACUGGUAUCUGAUGGGAAUGGGCAAUGAAAUAGACUUGCACUCGGUACAUUUCCAUGGCCACAGCUUCCAAUACCAGCACAGGGGCAUUUAUAGUUCUGAUGUCUUUGACAUUUUCCCUGGGACAUACCAAACUUUAGAAAUGUCUCCAAAAACACCUGGAAUCUGGUUACUCCACUGCCAUGUGACUGACCACAUUCAUGCUGGAAUGGAAACUACUUACACCGUUCUACCAAAUGAAGCAUCUUCUCAGACUCACAGGAGGAUAUGGAACAUGAACUAUCCAUUUACAGUCAGCAUCGUGAUUUUACUCCAAAUAUCUACCAAGGAAUGGCUAGGAGAAUAAGGUCCUCUGAUGUUCUCAACGGUGUGGUGUCAGGUGACUGCCUCUUAGAUAAUCUCCAGAUGUACUGUGAUGUGAGCUUGAAAAAGAG